CAUGUCGCUUCCGGCGCGGAUGUUGUUUUCGUUUCUGCGAGCCUAGGAGGUGUUCGGAGUCGUUUCUGAGGCCGCUUGUGGGCCACAGUGUGGCAGGGGCGCCUCAGCGAGGGUCGCUAACGCCGGCCCGGAGCUCGCUUGGCCUCGGCCACCGCGGGCCGCGCAGUCCCCGUGACGCCGUGAGGCCGCCCGGUGUAGACCUCUUUGUCCCAUUUCUCUGACCAGCCGUGCCUGGCAAGGAGGCGGGCACAGCGAAGAGCAGGGCAGGGGGAAAAAAAAAAAAAAAGACAGUUGAGGCCCAGGAAGAAGUUGCUGACCCAGGGACCUGGGGAUGAAUAGUGAGUUGGAAGCACAGCACACAUGCCCAAGCACCCAGUGAUAACUCCUAUUGCCCCCUUCUACAAUCCUGAAAAACAGUUCCUGAGACCAUGAUUUUAAUUGGACCAACUGCUGCAGGAACAAGCCUCUCUGAGGGGUCACAGUGACCACCAGUGGCAGGGGAACUUUAGGUCUUAGCCCCUGGAGCACUGUUUUCCAGAAGCAGGAGGAGCACCUGACUGUGAAGCAGGAGCCAGGGAGCCAGACUCAGGAGCAGGGCUGCAGUCUCCAGAAGAACCACCCUCCUGUCUGAAAUUUUCCGGCUGCACUUCAGGCAGUUAGGUUACCACGAGAUGUCUGGGCCACAGGAGGCACUGAGCCUGCUCCGGGAGCUCUGCCACUGGUGGCUGAGGCCAGAGGUACAUACCAAGGCACGGAUGCUGGAGCUGCUGGUGCUGGAGCAGUUCCUGAGCAUCCUGCCUGGGGAGCUGCAGACGUGGGUGUGGCUGCAUCGCCCCGAGAGUGGUGAGGCUGUGGCUGUCGUUGAAGAUUUCCACAGACACUUCAGUGGACCAGGAGAGGUGAGAAGUUAAGUCUAGAACACUACCUGGAACUAUUUUCUGGUGUUUGGAUUAGCCUGGAAACAGGCAUUCUCCAUUCCCCAGAUUCUAGGACAGUCUGUCUGUAGGGUUUCUUAACCUGCUUUAUGGAUGGAGGGGAAAUAGUUUUGUGCUCCAGGGCAUUAGAAAAAAAAGACAACUCGGCUAAGCUCUGUGAAUCAUCAUUCUGUAAAACACUGUAUGUGAGCCUACCGGUAGCCUACAGAUCCACAAAGCAUUCCAGGUUCAUCCACAGAUCCUGAGAGCCUUCCAGCCCAAGCCCAACAAGAAGCGAGCUUGGAGCAGCCUGGCCUCACUGUAGGCCCCCAGCACCGCGCCAUGCUUCAUGCUGGCGGGAAACAGGUGAUGCCCUGGGCUACCUUUGGAGUCUACCAGCAAGAAAAUCACCAGAGGCUGAACCAAUGGGCAGAUCUCCAGAACCACAAGCCGAAAUAAACUUUCCUUCUCCAUAAAGUUAAGCUGCCUCAGCUAGAAUGGAUACUAGGAAAAAAGUUCAUGCGUUUGUGCGUGUCAAACCCACUGAUGACUUUGCUCAUGAAAUGAUCACCUAUGGAGAUGACAACAAAAGCAUUGAUAUUCACUUUAAAAAGGACACAAGGAGAGGAAUUGUCAAUAACCAGCAGACAGAUUGGUCAUUCAAGCUGGAUGGAGUCCUCCAUGACGCAUCCCAGGACUUGGUUUAUGAGACAGUGGCACAAGAUGUGGUUUCUCAGGCCCUUGAUGGCUAUAAUGGUACCAUCAUUUGUUAUGGGCAGACAGGAGCUGGCAAGACAUACACCAUGACGGGGGCAACUGAGAAUUACAAGCACCGGGGGAUCCUCCCUCGUGCCCUGCAGCAGGUUUUUAGGAUGAUCAAAGAACGCCCCACACAUGCCAUCACGGUGCGUGUUUCCUACCUGGAAAUCUACAACGAGAACCUGUUUGAUCUCCUGUCCACUCUGCCCUACGUUGGACCUUCCGUCACACCAAUGACCAUCGUGGAAAACCCACAAGGAGUCUUCGUUAAGGGCUUGUCAGUCCACCUCACCAGUCAGGAGGAGGACGCCUUCGUCCUCCUUUUUGAGGGAGAGACCAACAGGAUCGUAGCCUCACACACGAUGAACAAAAACUCGUCCAGGUCACACUGCAUCUUCACCAUCUACGUGGAGGCUCACUCUCGGACCUUAUCAGACGAAAAGUAUAUCACUUCCAAAAUUAACCUGGUGGAUCUGGCAGGUUCCGAGAGGCUGGGCAGGUCUGGGUCGGAUGGCCGCGUUCUGAAGGAAGCCACCUACAUCAACAAGUCCCUGUCGUUCCUGGAGCAGGCCAUCAUCGCCCUGGGUGACCAGAGGCGAGACCACAUCCCCUUCCGGCAAUGCAAGCUCACCCACGCCCUGAAGGACUCUCUAGGGGGAAACUGUAACAUGGUCCUGGUGACAAACAUCCACGGUGAAGCCGCCCACUUGGAAGAAACGCUGUCCUCGCUGCGGUUUGCCAGCAGGAUGAAGCUGGUCACCACGGAGCCCGCUGUCAAUGAAAAGUAUGAUGCUGAGCGAAUGGUCAAGAACCUGGAGAAGGAGGUGGCACUGCUGAAGCAAGAGCUGGCCAUCCACGACAGCCUGGCCAACCGCACCCUCGUGACCUACGACCCCAUGGAUGAAAUCCAGAUUGCCGAGAUCAACUCCCAGGUGCGGAGGUACCUGGAGGGGACGCUGGACGAGAUUGAUAUCAUCAACCUGAGGCAGAUCCAGGAGGUCUUCAACCAGUUCCGGGUGGUCCUGAGUCAACAGGAACAGGAAGUAGAGACCGCGCUGCGCAGGAAGUUCACCCUCACAGACAAGAAUGACUUUUCAGCCAUUUCUGCUGUCCAGAAGGCAGGGCUCGUGGAUGUUGAUGGCAGCCAAGCAGGUGAGCCUGAUGAACAAGCCUUUGGAAUUGGUGUUGCCCCUUCCUCUAGCAAACCUGGGAAGAAAUCCAAGGCCAAGAAGACAUUCAAAGUGCCGCCCAGAUCCGCAGCAAAAAAGAAAGGAGCCAGCAGCCCUGUGAGUAGUAGAGACCUGGAUUUGCCUUCCUCCUCCAAGACCCAGCUGGUCACAGGAGAUGUCAAAGACUUGCUUUUGCAAGACCACGAGACCUCCAGCACAGAGCGCCUCCCCUCAGACUCCCCCAAGGAGGAAUCACGCCCACCCAGACCCAGCACCCCACCUUCCAAGGCCGUGGCCUUUGAAGAGUUUAAGAAAGAGCAAGGGAGUGUGAUCAACCGCAUCUUCAAAGAAAACAAAUCCAUCUUGAACGAGCGGAGCAGGAGAGCCAGCGAGAUCACACAGCGCAUCAAUGCCAUCAAGCGGGAGAUUGACGAGACCAAGGAGGCCCUCGAUUUCCAGAAGUCACUAGGGGAGAAGCAAGGCGAGUACGAGGCCAAAGGCUUGUUGGUGGUGGACGAGGAGGAGUUCCAGCUGAUCCUGAAGCUCAAAGACCUCAAGAAGCAGUACCGCGGCGAGUACAAGGACCUGCUCGACCUGCGGGCUGAGAUCCAGUACUGCCGGCGCCUGGUGGACCAGUGUCGCCACCGCCUGCUCAUGGAAUUUGACAUCUGGUACAACGAGUCCUUUGUCAUCCCUGAGGACGUGCAGAUGGCGCUGAAGCCGGGUGGCAGCAUCCGGCCGGGCAUGGUGCCCUCCAGCAGGAUCGCGUCUCUGGGAGAAGAUGACCUGGACAAGUUCAGCCAGCUGCAGCAGACAGUGCUGCCCGAGGGCCCCGAUUCCAUCUCCUUCUACAACGCCAAAGUCAAGACAGAACAGAAGCACAAUUAUUUGAAAACCAUGAUAGGCCUCCAGCGUGCACACAGAAAAUAGUCUCAUCAGGAGGACCUGGAAAGACAAGACCACAACUGCCAUGUGCUCUCAGUCUAGCCUGUGUUGCUGCCAGACCACCUGCGCAGAGCUCCAGCCAUUCUGCUCCAAGGCUGGACCCAGCCCAAAGGACACACAGUGGCCAGGCCUCUCUGGAGAGGAGCUCCACAGGACACCAUCGCUCAUCUCCCCAGAACAUUCCUGGCUUGGAUUUUCUGCCUUUUGUGCCGGACAGGAUCAAAAAACGUUCCAGCUUGGACAUUUAGUGCUCAUCCAAGAACUUUGGUUUCCUGUUUGAGAGGACGUCUUCCCUAUGUAGAGGUGGGGUGAAAACGGAGUCUUAAGUAGGAAGAGAAAAAUAGUAGUUGAGCCAGGCUCCUCUGGCAGCCUCA